UACUACCAAGUAGGCAAGUACCAAGUUUUCUUUGAAGUUUGAGGGAAAUCAGAAGCAUGCGCUCAAUAGAAACAUUUAGUCAACAAUCAUUCUUCAAUCUAAUUAUCGAUUGCACCCAAACUAAAAACAUCGCUUUAGGCAAAACCCUCCACGCCCAGAUCAUCAAAACUGGUAAACUAACAUGCACUUACAUUGCCAAUAGCCUCGUCAACUUUUACUCUAAGUGCCAACACUUGUCUCAAGCUAAUACAGCUUUCCAAGAUAUUCAGGAAAAGGACAUCGUCUCAUGGAACUCCAUCAUCAAUGGCUUUUCUCAACUGGGUGGCUCCCAUAAUUCUUUCUUUGUUCUUAAACUUUUUAAACUGUUAAGAAAACAAAGUGGCGUGUUUCCUAAUGCUCAUACUUUUGCUGGCUUUUUCACUGCUACGUCGAUUUUGGGUGAUGGGUUUGCUGGCAAGCAAGGGCAUUCUAUUGUGAUAAAGAUUUCGGGUUGUGAUGAUGUGUUUGUGGGCAGUUCUUUGGUUAAUAUGUAUUGCAAGUCUGGGUUAGUUCAAGAUGCUAGGAAGGUGUUUGAUGAAAUGUCUGACAGAAAUUCUAUUACGUGGGCUACGAUGAUUUCUGGGUAUGCUACCCUUAGACUUGCUGAUUACGCGUUGGAACUUUUUAGGAUGAUGAUGUGGGAAAUGGAGGAAGGGGUCAAUGAAUUUGUGCUUACUAGUGUUAUUAGUGCUUUUACAUUAAAAGAAUUUAUUGAUAUUGGUAAACAGCUUCAUGGCCUUGUGAUUAAGUUUGGGUUGUUGUCAUUUGUAACUGUUGGGAAUUCUAUUGUUACAAUGUAUUCAAAGUGCGGAGAUUUGGAUUAUGCAGUUAAGUCUUUUGAAUUGGCAGAUGAUAAGAAUUCAAUCACAUGGACGGCGAUGAUCACUGGUUUUGCACAAUCUGGGGAUUGUUUCAAGGCAUUGGCUCUGUUCUCAAAAAUGCAUUUUGCUGGCAUGAAGGCUAGUGAAUUCACUCUUGUUGGAGUGCUGAAUGCUUGUACUGACAGUAAAGGUGUGGAAAAAGGAAUGCAAGUUCAUGGAUAUCUCGUAAAGUUGGGAUUUGAGUCUCAGAUUUUUAUAAUGACGGCUUUGGUGGACAUGUAUGCUAAAUGUGGUUUUGUAGGUGAUGCUAGAAAAGGGUUUUAUUACUUACAGAAGCCUGAUAUUGUCUUGUGGACUUCCAUGAUUGGGGGUUAUGUUCAGAAUGGGGAUAAUGAAAGUGCUAUUGACUUGUAUUGUAAAAUGCAAGAAGAGGGUAUUCUACCUAAUGAGUUGACUAUGGCCAGUGUUCUAAAAGCCUGUUCUAGUCUUGCUGCUUUUGAGCAAGGGAAACAAAUACAUGCUCAUACCAUAAAGUUUGGAUUUGGACUUGAAGCUCCAAUUGGAAGUGCUCUUUCAACUAUGUAUGCAAAGUGUGGAAGCCUAGAAGAUGGUAACCUAGUCUUCAGAAGGAUGCCUGCGAGAGAUGUCAUAUCAUGGAACUCAGUAAUUUCUGGUCUUUCUCAAAAUGGACAUGGAGAAGAAGCAGUUGAGCUCUUUGAGGAAAUGCGACUGGAAGACACAAAACCGGACCAUGUUACUUUUGUCAAUGUUCUUACUGCUUGUAGUCAUAUGGGAUUGGUAGAAAGAGGUUGGGUUUAUUUUAGGAUGAUGUCAGAUGAGUAUGGUAUUUCUCCAAGAGUGGAGCACUUUGCAUGUAUGGUUGAUAUUCUCAGCCGAGCAGGAAGGUUGUAUGAAGCGAAAGAGUUAAUUGAAGCCGCAAAAUGUCAUCAUGGUUCAAGUUUGUGGCGCAUUUUGCUAAGUGCAUGUCGUAAUUACAAUAAUUAUGAACUUGGAGCUUAUGCAGGAGAAAAAUUGAUGGAAUUGGGCACAGAAGAAUCAUCUGCUUAUGUGUUGUUGUCAAGUAUCUAUAAAGCGAUGGGCAUGUGGGAAGAUGUCGAACGUGUAAGAAGGUUGAUGAACAAUCGAGGUGUGGGAAAGGAGCCUGGCUGUAGCUGGAUUGAUUUGAAGAAUCACGUGCAUGUAUUUGUUGUUGGGGAUCAGUCACAUCCACGGAUUAAAGAAAUACGGGCUGAUGUACUAAGCUUGAGCAAAAUAAUGAAGAACAAAGGUCAUGAAGCAGCUUGUGAUUUAAGCUUACCGGUCUGUGAAGCCUGAAAUAGUAAAUGUCAAUGAAACUACCUAAUUCUUUCUCAACAAUUUGGCUUGUACAUACGUAUGGAUUCAUGAUAUCAUGGCCCAAUUUAGCAAUAUAAUAUCAACAAUAUUUUUAGGAUCGACUCACUUGGUAUAUAGUACUAAACCUCCAAAACCUUUGGAAUCCAACAUUUCUCCUCUCUUUUUUUUCCCAAAUAUUCAAUCUUUAACUUUUGUGGUCAGUCAACUUGCUCGUUGCAUCUCUCUGCUCGCUCACGAUAUUUUUUUUCACAGGUUAGUAAUUCCUUUUUAUUUAUAUGUUCUUUUGAUAGUGUACAAUUUCUUAGUUUUUUCUGUUUUGCUUAUUUACAUACAUGUUUAUCAUACAAAUUAAGAAGAGUUUGUUCAAAGAAUCAGUGACUGGUUUGUCAAGCAGAGGCGGAUCCUGAUAAGGGUAAGAGGGGUUAGUCGACUCCCUUAAAUUUUUGUCUUUAAUUUUAUAUAAAUAUAUAAUGUCGUGCAACGGUUAAAAAUUACAUAAUCUGAAUUUAAAAUUUUUGUUUUAUAUUUUAUUAUUUUGGUAUCCACUAUUCUAAUCUAGGUGGACAUUGGAUCCGCCACUGUUGUCAAGUGAUUAAAUGAUUUUAUUAAGAUAUUUUUCUGAUUAUCAAGUAUUUGUUCAAAUAUAUGACAACUUUUAUAAUUACAGUAAUUAUAAUGUGUAACAUAUUUAUGUAGAGGCAUUAUAUGUGUUCUGUGUUUAUUGUGAUGUUGCUCACACAGGUGUCUUCACACUUAGAUUUUGCUAUUUUGAAAUUCAUUCGACUUAGAGGAAGAGUUCUUUUAAAUCUCAAAACUUCCGAGCAUAUAGGAGUAAAUUUUUAGAUGUGGUCCGCAGGGGUGCAAUUUGGGAGUAAGAGUUUUGUGAUGUACAAUGAUGCUUAAAAAUUAAAGAGAUUAAAGCCUAUUUUCCGUGAAGCUACUUGGUCAUCAGGCAAUCUUUGUAGAAGGUAAAUAGUUUAAAAGCCGAGUUGACGAUUAUUCAAACAGCUAUUGAUUUAGAUUGAGGGGUUGAGAUGAAGUGUGAAUUGAGUAGGAGGAAAUUUAGUCAAUUUAAUUCUAGCUGAUAAUUGUGUUCAUGUUGUGUCCAGCGCUUCCAGGCCUAUUAUUUAGCAACACAGAAAAUAGUAAAUCAGAUUGAGUACUCCGGCUUACAUGACAAUGUAUUUUUUCUAGUUAACCUUGGAUAUUCUACUAAUAAGCAGAACAUUUGUUAAAUUGAUAAACUGAAGCUCCAAAUUAGUGGGAAUGCCCUGAUUGAUACAUAUUUGUAACACGCACCAAAUAACUUUUAUGUAGCGCUUAAUAAUGAUUGGGAUUUGGGUUGAUGAUAAAUUAUGAUAAUGCAUUUCCAUUGUAACAUAAAGAGCCGCAACCGACAUUGCUCCACACUUGUCAAAUAUCUGGUUGACACAUUCAUUAAAUUUAAGGUUAGUGCAUCCACUUUAAAUUAAAUAUUAAUGUUUAAAGAUGCCAGGCAAAAGGCUGCUUGUCUGAGUUUUCAUUUUACGUAAAUAUACCCCUACAUCAACAUACUCAGGUGGCUCCGGUAAUUAUACAGAAGCAGAUAUGGAGGUAUUGCAAUUACAUUCAGUAUCAUUCUCCCUAUUUAUAUUCGUUUGUUAAAUGCAAGGUCGUAAAUUAUGGUACUAGUCUUCCUUGAGGACUCAGAGUUCACUAAGUUGACUUAAAUAUAUUUACUGUUUGAGUUUAAAAAUCUGAAAAUGUUUCUGUUAUGAUUCCGGGGUCCUGGUAUUUAAAUUUUUUUGUUUGACUCUUUACCUUCAUUAUUAUAACAAACGUCAGGAUUUAUCAAUUUAAAUUUUUUUGUUUGACUCUUUACCUUCAUUAUUAUAACAAACGUCAGGAUACUCAAAGAUAUACUCGUCAGGAUUUAGUUCUCUACUAACCUGGCAAGAUUCAGAGGGUGAAAUAUUACAGGAUUCAAAGGGGUGUUGGAGUUCUGGAGUAGUUUCUCAACUAUCUGUAAACGUGGUGGGAGGUGAAGUGGAAGAAGCUUUCCUUUGUAGAUGAGUUCAUCAGCUGGAGAAGUGGUUCUGUCUCUUUCUGAUAAGCUCGGGAACAUUUGGAACUCAAAUUCUCUAGGGUGUAAAGACGAGUUCAUGGCAUGACAGAAUUUACUUCUCUGUGAGCUCACAGCCAUAUCAAUAUAAUCUUCUUUUACAAGGUUGCAUGUUGGAAAAUGUGCUGCCAUUUCACUCUAUCCUUCUCCCUCAAUAUAAAGUAAGUGGUAUAAAAUAUGUAACGGUUAAGUCUGUAGUUGAGCAGCUGCUAUUUAUAAAAGCAGGGAUGGGGACGUACUGUUUUAUUUCUUUCUGUUUCUUAAAAUGCAGCAAAAUGAAAGAUUCGGAGAAAGAAAAACACUUUCCUAAGAUGUUAUAUUGAAUUAAAGAAAUUUUAACCGAAGGCCUGAGC